GACGUCACUAGCAUGCGCCUCUUCGGCAUCAAGGGAACUAUGGCUUUAGCCCGGCCAACGCGGCUGUUGUCACCAGCAGUUCGAUCGCUUCUGGAGCCCCGACGGAACAUAGCGGUGCGCGGUUCCGACGAGCCCUUGCCAGUGGUGCGCAUUCCGCGGGCUCUGCAGCGACGGCAGCAACAGCGACAGAGCGACCGUGGGAGUGGCCCACGCCCGGUGCUCGUGCGACCUGGCCCCCUGCUGGUCUCGGCGCGGCGGCCGGAGUUGAACCAGCCCGCGCGCCUCACGCUGGGGCGUUGGGAGUGCGCGCCCCUGGCUUCGCGUGGCUGGAAGCAUCGGCGAUCGCGUCAGGAUCAUUUUUCCAUAGAGCGAGUGCAGCAAGAGGCGCCCGCCCUGACGAACCUCUCGUCCUGUCGCAGUUUCGUGGACCUGGGUCUGGAGCCCCGAGUGCUGCUCGCGCUUCAGGAGGCUGCACCCGAAGUCGUUCGGCCAACCUCAGUGCAGUCGAAAACCAUCCCCCCGCUGCUUCGCGGACGCCACAUUCUCUGCGCUGCCGAAACCGGUAGUGGCAAGACUCUGAGCUACCUACUGCCCCUAUUUCAACGCCUCCUGAGCAGGCCAGACCUGGACUCCCGCAGUUCCGCGGCUCCCCGGGGCUUGGUUCUGGUACCUUCCCGAGAAUUAGCCCAACAGGUGCAGGCUGUGGCCCAGUCAUUGGGUAGGUACUUGGGCCUGCAGGUGAUACAGCUUGGAGGAGGCCUCGGCAUGGGUAAGCUCAGGCUGCAGCUGUGUAAACUGUCGUCAGCGGAUGUACUUGUGGCCACCCCAGGGGCUCUGUGGAAAGCCCUGAAAAGUCAACUGAUCAGCUUACAGCAUCUUUCCUUCAUAGUGUUAGAUGAAGCAGACACAUUGCUGGAUGAAAGCUUCCUGGAACUUGUGGACUACAUCUUGGGAAAGAGUUUUAUAGCAGAAAGUCCCGCUGAGUUAGAAGACCCCUUUAAUCCCAAAGCUCAGUUAGUGAUGGUGGGAGCCACGUUUCCAGAAGGCGUAAACCAGUUGCUGAGUAAAGUCGCCAGCCCAGACUGUCUAACCACCGUCACCAGCUCCAAGCUCCACUGCAUCAUGCCCCAUGUCAGACAGACAUUUAUGAGACUAAAGGGAGCAGAGAAGGUAACAGAACUGGUUCAGAUCCUCAAACAGCAUGACAAAGUGAAUAAGACGAAACCCUCAGGAACUGUCCUGGUGUUCUGCAACAGCUCCAGCACGGUGAACUGGCUGGGAUAUAUUCUAGAUGACCACAAAAUCCAACAUCUAAGGCUGCAAGGGCAAAUGCCAGCCUCAAUGAGGGCAGGUAUCUUCCAGAGUUUCCAAAAGGGCUCCCAAGACAUACUUGUCUGCACAGACAUAGCCUCACGAGGUCUAGACAGCAUUCACGUGGAACUGGUUGUCAAUUAUGAUUUCCCCCCUACUCUGCAGGAUUACAUCCACAGAGCAGGAAGGGUGGGUCGUGUGGGCAGUGAAGUGCCAGGGACCAUCAUCAGUUUUGUGACCCAUCCCUGGGAUGUGAGCCUGGUUCAGAAAAUUGAGCUGGCAGCCCGUCGAAGGAGAAGCCUUCCAGGACUAGCAUCUUCAGUGAAAGACCCUUUGCCUCAACAAGCCUAAUUGUUGGCUGGCUUGAAUCAGAUGCUCGAUCAGGGAUCUUCCUGGGGGCCCAGGAGGGUUGAACACACUUGUCAGUGGGUACCAUUGGAUCACCACACCACCCCUUGCCUCUCUGAAAACAUGAACUGUUUGGAGAUUUGAAAAUCAAGCUACUGGCCAGAACUGGAGACUAACAUAUUAAAAAAUAAUAAUAAAGUGAAUUUUGACUUUAUGUGA